AACGAGCAACUCCGUAUUUAUCAUCCUGUGAAGUUAUUAAUAGUUGAGAUGUACGCUGAUGAUUGUAGUAGUUAACCUAUCAAGGUAUUGGUGGCAAGGGGAAUACCCAGCAGAUGUAACCUGGAUGUAACGACGUCAUCGCGUUACUCUAUUUAUGAAGUUGCAGGAAGAGUGUUUCGCACUUCUGCACGAUGGCGAGCAACAUCCCUGGCCUCUUAAACCCAGUUUAUGAUGUCUCUCGGGCAUUUGAAGUGAAAGAAGGUGAGACUGAUAGCGUACAAGAAGGCCAUGAACAAAACGAAGGAAACUCCAUGGAAGAGAAGGAGGAAGUAAAAGAUACUUGCUCUCUGUUAGACUUUAUUGUCGUUUCUGUUAAAGAAGAAAAUGACAAUGACUCCCUCUUUGAAGAGAAAGAUGCCAUAGUMAUAGAUGAUGAUCGAAAGCCGUGCAAAGGGGAUGCUAUAAUAGACUUGAAUAUCGACACGAAAGCCUUAUUCUUCGUCAGCUUCUUCCUVUUGGCGACACUGCAAAGGAUUCCUCGCCAUUACCCAGACAAGCUUAAGACUGUUCUUAUCAUUGGUCAGUUUUUUGUUAUGCUCGGCAUGUGCAUCGCAAUARYAUAUGAUAUGGGAGCCUUUCACGCAACGAGAACAUUGACUGACAGCCAGUGGGACAAUUUCGUGACGUCGGUUAAGAAUGUGAUCCUCAAUGCUAAAUAUCCCCUUCUUUACUUAGUAGGGAUAUUUUACUUUAGGUCCAGACACCUGGAGAACAUGCUUUCCAAUGUCAGGCUUACAAAGAGGUACUGGAAAUAUGGACGCAAGAUGCUUAUCAUCAUGGUUCUAAUGGUGUUUCUAUUUACUGUGAUGGUACCCGCGAUUUUUAGAACCGCACAGAUGUCGCUGACAAACAGGGAAAACACUAAAAGAACGCCUUACAGCAUCAAAGCCAUCGUAAUAAGCUGUGYUAUUUCAUUGGUAGUAAGACCUAUGUCUCUAUCGAUUGUCUUCGCGUUCAUUUUGACUGUGUACCUGAUAUACUGUCAAGUGSGWUUAUUCAARGAGCAGAUCCAGAAAUGGCCUCGCGAGUGCAUGGGGUUYGCAAGGGAUUCUUACAUCAACGUUUGUAAAAUGGUGAGGAACGCAGAGAGGUCUUUCCAACCCUUCCUGCUGGUGCACUUCAUCAUCCUUUUGGUGUUGCUUAUUCCCCUGACAAUAUCGUGCGUCGAACAGUUUGAAGCUCAAGGAAGCUACACUAAUACUUUCACCAAGGGYGACAGCAUACCACUAGGAACAACCGCUUUACCAGCCAAAACUGAAAUGGCCUUUGCACAAAACACUUCUGCCUCUCUUCUCCAGUUUGGCCGCCAUCAGUACCUAUCUAGAAACCUAACUAAGGAUUCCUGGAUGGACAAAUUCAAUAAAAAUGCCAAACAUUAUUCAGAAAAGCACACGAAUACGGAGGGGAUUAUCAGAGUUGCCAUGAUGAUACUUACGGAUAUCCUUGAGACAGUCUUGCUGUACGGUCUUCCUGUGGUCUUGAUUGGAAAAGUUGACAAGUGUAUGCGGCAAAUACGCGAURCUAUCCGCAUGCUAAAGUUUGGACAACAAAAAGAACAGUCCUACAUGUUUCAAAACAUGGACGACAUCAACGAAUGGGAAUCUAUAAUAAGCGAUGCUCGUGGCAUCCAGCUCAUGGGCUUCAAUUUAGCGUCAUUUAAGGCUGCCCUGUUGAUGCUUCUAUUUCCGUUUGUGACUACAGUGUUCCGUUUUAUGUUAAGGCAUGUAAACAUAAGCCCUUGAAAUUUGUGUAGCACAAGGUACAGUAAGACGUUGUUUUAAGGAGGCUGUGCGAAGGACGAUUUGUUAGGGGGAGGCAGAAGUACGAAGGACAAUUUGUUGUGGAAGACAGGGGUGUGCGAAAGAGGAUUUGUAAAGGGGGAGGCAGAAGUACGAAGGACGAUUUGUUAGGGGGAGGUAGGCUCGACUGUAGGAAUAGUGUAAAUAGUAAAAGCAUUUUAGUUCAAUAGUUGUAAAUUGGCAAUGCAUGUUGAUAUAUGAAUAGAUCCUACUCUGUACAAUAACUAUUGUAAAUUUUCUCGAUUUCGUGGUAAACAAAAUUACAUACCACUGUCUAAUUUUAUAAUAUUUUAUAAAAUUUUUAUAUUUUAUAACAUUUUUUUUUGUGGAAAAAAAUACAACCCUGGUAAAUAAGGAGACUGACCACGAGAAAUCUUCAUAAAUUUGUUAAAUAACUAGUUCUUAAUUUAAUUGUUCUUUUCUUGUAAAUUUAUGGUAAUGAGAUAUGUACAUAUUUACAUAUACAUAAUCAAUGUAAAUAAGCUUAAAUAGAUGUAAGAAUUUGAACGACUGUUUUUGAAAUGCUUUCUAGAAGAUGGUUAAGUCAUGUAAAUAAUCAAUUCCUUAAUGUACAUCAAGCAUGUCAAGGUCUGUUUACUAAUAAAUAAAUAGAGCGUCGAAAUGUA